AUGCACAACAGCUCCACGUGCAAGGACUGCAGCAUGUGCGGUCAGGGCCAGUUUGUUGCCGACGCCUGCACGGCCACGACAAACACCAACUGCAGCGCGUGCACCGGCGCCACCUUCCAGAACAUGACAAGCCACUAUGAGAUGGAGUGCCAGGCUUGCUCAAUGUGUGGGCAGGGCACGUUUCUCGCAAUGGCCUGCAACCGCACGAGUGAUGCCAUGUGCUCGCCGUGCCAGGACGGCACCUACCAGGACAGCAGCAGCCACCUGCAGGAGCAGUGCAAGCAGUGCGGCAGGUGCGACCCUGGCCAGCGUCUGUUGUCGCCGUGCACCGCCACCAGCAACACGUCCUGCGCUGCGUGUAACAGCGGCACGUGGCAGAACGCGACGGGUCACCUCGACCCAACGUGCAUGAUGUGCUCCAAGUGUGGGCUCGGCCAGAAGCUCACCACAAACUGCACGCUGACGGCCAACACCGUCUGCACGACGUGCGAGGAUGGCACCUUCCAGGACACCGACGACCACACUUUCGAAUCGUGCACAGCGUGCCGGACGUGCGCCGCUGGCGAGGAGUUUGAGUCCAGCCCCUGCACGGCGUCUGCUGACCGCGCGUGCGACCCCAUCACCACGUGCGAUCCCCGGUACUCGCGCGAGCGGUAUGCGCCCACGCCAACCUCGGACCGCGUGUGUCUGGACUUCCGCAAGGCCGCGGUCACCGUCAUGGUGCAGGUGGACACGCUGGAGACGGAGAUUGACGCCACGCGCGCCGCCAUUGAGGCCGCCAUCCAGGACGGCAGCAACGGCCCGCUAGCACGCGAGCUGCGCAAGUUGGACGAUGCAGCGUACAACAACACGGAGGUGACGUACCUGCCGCAGGUGUCACGCUUCGACGUGCCCUCGGAGGGCCGGCAAUUUGUCUACCUUGAUCUCCAGUUUGCAGCAUCAUCAACACAAUUCGACAUCCAGAAACUCGACCUUCUGGACGUGCUUGGUGCCUUCUUGUUGAACGCGACGGAGGAUGCAGACGCAACCGCCACAUUUAUGGAGCGCAGCACAGUGACCACCACAACCACCAACACAACGACAAACGCAACCACGACAACACACUCCACCACGGCGCUGUUCCGUGUGGACGUCGAUGCAGCCUUGACCAUCACCACAGAUGCCCUGAACGCCAUGGCUGCCGCCAUUGAUGCCGCCAACACCACCUCAUUGCAGCGCACCGCUGGCCCCACCGCAAACGGCGAGCCCGAGCUCGGCUUCUGCGGCGGCCUGUGUCUGCAGUGCACGGAGUGCUCGCUCGACCAGUAUUUGACGAACGUGUGCGAGGGCACGAGCGACGCGCAGUGCAACGCGCUUCCAACCGAGUUUGAGACAGCGCCCCCUGUGAACGUGGUUGGCGUGAACACCAACCACAUUCUCCCAGCCGCCGCGUCGCAACAGCAGGACCAGGCCAUGGACGCGUCCAUGCGCGUGAACCGCUCGUUUGUGUUCACCAACAUCGCCCCAGGCGAGAGCACGUGGGUCGCUGUCAGUGGCGAGCCCGAGGAUGGUGCGCAGAUGGUGACCCGACCCCUCGCCCCGGCAGCGCAGGUUGACUGCGCGCCCGUCCUCGACAACGUGUAUUCGACAUACCCGACUGCACAAGUGGUGCUUGCCGCGCUGGACGCCAGCGGGCAUUCGCGUGUUGCGCGCAAACACGACGAGGACGCCGAGGUGACGGCCACCUGCACCAUGCCCACAGACGGGCCUGCAGUGUGCAACGCGCGGACCACGUUUGCAGACGCGUGGUUCUCGUCCGCAGGCCCACGCCUCGUGGACGUCACGUACAAGUACACGACGCCACGCGCAGACGGCGAGGGCUACGAGACCAGCCCCGACAUGGCGUGCGGACAGCUGACGCUCGGCCCAGCGCAGCAGGAGGUGCUGGGUGUGAGCAGCAACAUUGCCGCCGUCGUGACCCCCACCAACAGCGUGUACGAGAACGACACCGUGGACGUGGCGGUGAUUGCCCGCCACGACUGGGCCGUGCACUCGUUUGGCGUCUCGCUCCGCUGCGGCAACUGCCGCAUUGAGAUGAGCGAGGCCAACACAGCCGCCUGGAGUAUCAGCAGCACCGUCACCACGGACGAAGAGUCGGGCGAGCAAAUGCUCGUUGUUGCCGGCAUUGCUCGCGACCUCACCGACGAGCCAAGGUUUUCUGAGCAGCGGUCCUUUAGCCUGUUCACCGCCACCGUGCACGCUGUGCCUGCUGCAGAGGACAGCAUGCUUGUGCUGCGCGGCAACAUUGACUCGUUCCUCCAGGUGCGCAACCGCAGGCCCAUUGUUGACACGCGCACGCGCGAUGUGAAGCUGCCUGUGCUCGCCAACGACGGCUCCGGGGUCGACGCCACGUCCUGGACGCAGCCCAUCCUGGCCAUUGAGCCCGUGCGCGCCCAUGUGUUUGUGGGCGGCGGCCUCGGCGUUGUCUUUGACACGGCCUCCAUCACCGACGCCACCACCGACCUCCCCGUGUCGCUCGUUGGCGUGUGGCCGCGCGGCGACGCGCUGCGCAACGUUGCUAAUCCCGAAACAGACCUCGUUGACUGCCAACUUGUCGACAUGUCCGCCGUUCUGGAUGCUGUAUCGUGCAGCGCCGUGUCCUUGGCCCCCUUCACGCCUCAAGACAUGCCAACCACGGACCCUGUGGAGCUGCAGUUGAGCGUGGGUGGCAUGGCGGCCUUUGGAACCGCCAACAUUAUGCUCAUGCGACCCGCCAGCAAGCUCACCAUCGCGCCGCCUGGCGACAUCAGCAGCGACACCACCGUGGUGCUGCGUCCCAUCCGGGAGGUCAACGCCACCAGCAACGCGUGUGCUGAUGUGCAGUUCAUGUCCUCGUGGCUGCAGGUGUCGGCGUCCUUCCCCAAUGGCGUGACGCUUGAUGUCACCGGCAUCGCUGCAAUGACCACAAGCAACUCGAAUGUGGCCACCAUCGACACAGCAACCAGCGUCGUGUCUGGCGUUGGCGCUGGGUCUGCCUCUUUUGUGUGCACCAACAACCAUGACUGCGCAGACACCACCAUCUCCGUGAUGAGCGAUGUCCCUGCUGUGGCGCUCGGCGUGCGUGCGUACGCCGUUGGCGGCGCCACUUUUACCGCCACGAUCAACGACGCAGGCAACCUGUGGGUCUCGGCUGCGGUCAGCGUGUCGAGCAGCAACCUUCUCCGCUUCACCAGCAGCGCCAACGCGGCGCGCCUUCACGUGGCCGCCGUCGUCAUGGAGCAGGUCACGGACAACAGGCAGCAGCUGGCGCUCGCGCCAGCUGCAGUCGCCUUUGCCAGCGACAACACGGACGUGGCAACUGUGGCGCAGAGCAACGAUGACCCGGCAACCGUCACCACCACGGCAACCUCGGGCCUUGCUGCCAUCACCGCCCAGUGGCCGAAGGCCACAUGUGCAAGGAAGACGUUUGAGGCCGCCGUGAAUGUGACCACGACAGAUGCCACUGUCGUGUCCAUCGCCGUGUCGCCGACAAGCGUUGACUUGGUCGUGCCCUUUGCCAACGCAGGCGCAGCCGAGGCUGUGACAGGGCUGCCGUCAUCGGCCGCCUUCACCGUCACCCGCACCCUCAGCGACGGCAGUGUUGAGACCGUGACGUCUGCCAGUUUCACGUCUGCCGAUGAGAACUGUGGUGACUUCACAGGUAUGCUAGCGCUGGAGACAGAUGCCGUUGCCAGCGAGUGCACGUACACCACGGUUGACGGCGACCUCAUGGCCUCUGUCACCGUGAACAAGUACGCGCUCGAUGCUGUGCGCAUGACGGUGACGGCCCGUGGUGUUGAGGGCUCGGCCACACACACGUCUGGCGCUGCCGCUGCAGAGCAGUUUGAGGUCCCGCCAAUUGGCGCCGGUGCCACAGCCUGGCCAGCGCUCACUGCCAGCUGCGUUGCCGUGUUCAACACGACCAAACAGGACAUGGCAGUGACGGUACAGCUGCGACAGGUUGCCACAAUGGCGCAGGCCGUGUUUGCCUCCAGCUUCACCGCUGCCAACGACGACCAGCAAGAUCAGGAGGACGCUGCGCUAGCCCUGCAGCCAGCUGACGCCAGCCUGCAGAUCACCACAAGCAUUGCCGGCAACGCCACGCUCUCCGCAACCUUUGGCGGUCUCACGGCCACCACCGCCGUCCUGUUUGCUGCGGGAGACGAUGCAUCGCUCCCUCUGAGCGUGACGGGCGCCAGCGUGGCUGAUGUUGUGGCCAAUGCAAACGGCACGUUCCCUCUCCUUGGCCGGGUGAAUGCCACGUUUACGCUCGACAUUGCUGCCGAGGUGACCGGCGAGCCACUGUCGCCAGGGCAGGUGCGUCUUGAUGACGGCUCUCUCGCCAUCCGAUCCCUCGUCACCUUCACGUCCAGCAACACGGAUGCCCUGAGCGUGGACGCACACGGCAUCAUCACCCUGCACGAUGGCAGCGCGACAGAGGUGACCAUCGGCAUCGCCGUGAACGGCACCGUGCAGGCCACUGUCACCUGCCUUCCGUCCCUCCUGCCCGCAGAGGGUGCUGGCAGCUUUGGGCCGCACGGCGUCUCUGCCGCGUCCUUCUCGCGCGUGCGUGUUCCUCUUCACGUUGAGGCGGAGAACCUGCGUGCAGCCGUGCUCAGCCUGACGUACGACCCGGCCCUCCUUACGCUGGCCACGGUGGAGCUUGGCUCGGACGUGCAGUUUGCGUUCCUCGACUUCAACGUGCGUACGCCUGGUGAACUGAGCGUGUUUGUCGUCAUCCCCGGCAAUGCCAUCACCAGCGACGACCUUGAGCUCGGCGUGGCCGUGUUUACCACCCGCAACCUCACCACCACCAGCCCGCAGCUCUCGCUCGGCGGCUCCGUGGUUGAGGUGGACGCCAACGGCAACCCGAGCCUGGUUGAGCUUGAUGCCACCACGUCCUCGCUGUCUGUGGAGACCACCCCGAUGAUGAUGACACGUCGCCGCCGCAGCAGCCUGACAAGCGACGGUGCUGCCGACCUUGAGCUUGACGCUGCAGCCAUGGUUGCUAACACGCUUGCCCGCCGUCGUCGCAGCGGCCCCCGCGGCACCCUCACGACGGUGCUCGCCAACCACCCGACCUUUGACAUGAACGGCGAUGGCGUGUUGGACGUGCUGGAUGUGCUGAUGCUGUCCGAUGUGUACAGCGGCCGGCUGACCGAGAACGACCUUGCAGAGGGCGCAGACGCGGACACCAACAGCGACGGCAUCGUUUCCUUUGACGACGUGUCCUUCCUGCUGUCUUUGGCGGCGGGUCGCCUGGUUGCGCUGCGGCGUGUGGCCGUCACACCCGUGCAGGCCGCAGACUCCGAUUGCAUGCUGUCCUUCAACGUGAGCGUGCUGCUGACCAACAUCACCCUGUCCACCCCCAAAGGCGACGACACGCGCCUGUAUCUCGACGUGGCUGGAGUCGCCUCCAGCAGUGACUUUGAUGCUACCUUUGCUGCGGCCUCCACUGCCCCUGGUCCGAACUUCAAGUUUGUGCGCAUCCCGUAUGCCCGCACCAACAGGACGGAGGACACGGGCGCAUACUUCCUGCAGGCGUCAACACCGCUUGCCUCCAGCGACCAGCUUGGCGUGAGCGUGCUGCAGGUUGAUGGCAGCGGCGCGUACAACUUCCACACGCGCCAGGACAUGAUUGUCAACAACACGCUUGAUGCCUCCUUCGACGUCGACGGCACCAACGUCUCCCUCUUCCUGCCGUUUGGCUAUGCACCAAUUCGUGCGUUCACCAACACGAUGGACACGCCCACCUGUCUUGCGCAGCGCCGGCCCGUCAUCACCGACUUCACCCGCCCUGACCCGGAUGCCAUGAACGUCGUUGACGGCUACCUCUUGCUGCUGGACUGGACGGCGCCACCCACGCCGCCCAACGCCAUCACGCGCUACUUUGUGCAGUACCGCGACCUCAACGUCACAGGCGCGCCCGUGAUUGAGAAGAGCGUGGAUGGCAACACGCUGCACCUUGACCUCACGGACCAGAUCCUGCCGUAUCACACAUACGAGGUGCAGGUGCAGGCCGAGUUUGGCAACCGUCGCAGUGUCAUCUCCACACCCGCAACCGCGCAAACGCAUCAGGACACGCCCAACAUGCCACCGCAACUUGACGCCGUCGCCGUGAUCAACGCCACUGCGGUGAAUGUCACGUGGACGCCCCUUGAUGAGACUGACCUCAACGGCGUUGUGCAGUAUCUCGUGCUCGUGCAGCGGCUGGAUGAUGAGCCAAACGCCGACCCGAACGCGCCCAGCCAAUUUGUGCGCACGGUCAACCACCCUGUAUCAUCAACUAUGUUUACCGGCCUCGAGGAGAGCGUGAAGUACAACGUGACCCUCCAGGCGCGCACCAACGUGGACACUGGCUUUGCCAUCUCUGCCACAGAGUUUUACCUCCCUGCGAUUGUGUUUGAGACGGGUGAUGUACCACCUGACCCACCAGAGUUGGUGUCCAUCGUCCCUUCAGACACGUCGUUCACCAUCACCUGGGAGGCGCCUCCUCCCGAGACGCACAACUCAGACCUCGUUGCAUACCUCGUGCGUGUGCGUCGUGCCGCUAGCACCACGUAUGCCGACAACACAACCAUCACGGACGCUGACUUUGGUGGCGCUGACGACUGGCACGUGUUCCGAUACAGUGCACAGACGUUCACCAAGGAGUUCACCACCCUCGAUUUCGUGAAUCUGCUUCAUCCCGCCAUUGUGUACGAGUUCCAGACGCAGACGGAAGGCACCUCUAGCUUGUUCAGCCCAUGGUCCGAGACUUACACCGUUCGCCUGCUCGAAUCAGCACCCACGGGCAACGUGACCAACACGGACGUGACGACGACGUCGUCAUCGCUGAUGGUGGAGUGGCAGCUGCCGGAACCGCUGGAGCGGAAGGGGCUCAUCACCAACUUCACCAUUGUGUACUCGCGCCAGGACGACGACCCACGCGUUGCCACAGACUCGCUGGACAACUGCCCUGCGUCCGUGUGCAACUCGUUUGUGCCCGCAAACGGCGACGUGGUGUACACGUGGCCGCUGGUUGGCCUGGAGGCGUACGUCACAUACACGGUUGAGGUCCGCGCGUGGACGUCUGCUGGCAUUGGGCCCGCAGCCACGUUCGUCAUCCGCACCGACGAGGCCAUUCCGUCCGCCCCUGUUGUCUUUGGCGACGUGAGCGUCACGCCGCGUACAGUCGACAUUGACUUUGACCCGCUCCCGGUUCCCGACCGCAACGGCAUUGCUGCCUACACGGCCACGCUCACCAUCUCCACAGACCCGUUCUACACGCAGAGGAUCGACUCGGCGCUCGCUGCAAGCCUGCCCGUUGUGACGGAGUUUGAGAACCAGCCCAACAGCACCCUCACCUUCCAGGCCACUGGCCUGCAGCCAUUCAUGGAGUACACGCUGGAGGUUGUGCCGCACACGAGCGUGGGCGACGGUGAGGCCAACACCAUCACUGUGCUGACGGAGGAGGAAACGCCCACGGCACCAGCCAUUACCAAUGUGCAGGUGCUGGCAGAUGACACUGCACAGGAGAAGCGCGUGCGCGUGAGCGUGAACAUCCGUCCACUCAACCGCCGCAACGGCGUGCUGCAGAACCUGACAAUUGAGUACGGCAACGACGCGUUUGGCGACCUGGCCACGCUGCAGACGCCGCUCACGUCGGCGGAGCGCGCCACCACCACUGUCUCGCGCGUCAUUGAUGGUCUGCGCGCCGGUGUGCUGUACAGCUUCACGGCGACGGUCGCCAACCGCGCGCCCGUGUCGCCCGAGUCGCCCACAUCGCCCUCUUUCUCCAAGACCACAGAUGAGUACAUUCCAACCGGCCCUGUGCUCAACCUGGUGGCUGCGGAGGAGACGGACGAAACAGACGCCUCCAAGCGCGUGCUGCUGACGUGGAACCCACCCACCCUUGCAACGCGCAACGGUAUCAUCACAGAGUACCGCGUUGUCGUGCGGGUGACGCCGAACCAGCAGGCGCAGGCGCAGGUGCACAGCGACCUCACGUAUUCGCUGGCGGAACUGGGCAGCAACAACCAGGGUGACGGCCUCAGUACGCGCUUCACUUCGCUGGGCGCAUAUGACAAGUACACGUUCUCGGUAACGCCGCUGACAGCCAUUGGCGAGGGCACUGACACAACGACCGUGUCUACGCCAGACAACAACGGCAUUCUGUCGCCGGCGCUGCCGGGCGCCAGUGUGGGCCAGCUGACCACCACCAAGGGCACGACCACGCUGGACGUGUCGUGGAACGCGCUCGCCGUGUCUGACUGGAACGACGCCAGCCUGCAGUACCGCGUGAUUCUGACGCAACUUGCUGAUGACCACUCGGACACGCCCGCGGAGCACGUGGUGGCGACGCAGGAGACGUCCACCACAAGUGUCAGCUUCUCCGGGCUGCAGGAGUACGUGCAGUACAAGGUGGACGUGUACCCCAUCAACUCUGUGUUUGUUGGCAUGGAGCAGGCUGGUGGGUUUGACGCCAGUGCGCUGUUGACGACAAACACCGUGCGCACGGAGGCGGCACCGCCAGCCGCCACGCCCGUGAUCACAGACCGCUCCAACGACGCGCACAGCAUCACGGUGCAGUGGGGCCGCAUUGCCAUGCACGACUUCAACGGCCCGCCGCGCCACUACGUGGUCAGCUACAAGGGGCUUGCGGUGGAUUACGUCGAGAACGGCGGGCAGAGCGCCACGUCUCCGGAACUGGACGCCACGGACGUGAUUGUGCCCUACGACGCCAGCGAGGAGAACCCCUCUGUGACGCUGACGGACCUGGAGCCAAACCGCAUGUACGAGAUCAAGGUGGCGCCCGAGAACACCGAGUUUGCGCCGGGCCCCUUUAGCGCGACGGAGUCUGUGCAGACGUGGUCGUUUCGCCCGGCGGAGCUGCCGACGGUGCAGUUCCACGACGACCGGCCCAACGGCGAGAGCAAGCAGACAACGCUGCGCAUCACGUGGCCCAUCAUCAACACGCGCUUUGGGCCCGUGCGCCAGGUGCAGGUCAUCGUGGAGCCGGAGGACAGCCGCCACUUCAACACCAUGUACAACUGCACGUCGGCCAGUGGCGAGGACGAGUGUGCCUUUGGCGGAUGGGAGACGAGCGAGAACGCGCGGGUAAACAAGCAGACGCCGCGCGCGUACAUCGCCGUCCAGCGGCUGUACACCGGUGACGACGCGACGCAGACGAGUGGCUCGCUGGUGGUGGGCGACGAGCUCAACUACGGCGGCUUCUUUAACGGCCCGCUGCGCGCUGGCACCACGUACACCGUGCGCCUGCGCGCCUUCACGCAGUCUGGCGACGGAACCGAGAUGUUUGACACGGUUGGCACAAUCUCAGAACCCGUGUACGACGAGAAGGGCCGCCUGAUCUCGUCCCCACAGGCGUCCACGACCACAUCCUCCUCGUCUGGGGGGAGCCCCGUUGGCAUCAUCGCUGGUGGCGCAUCUGCUACGGCUCUGGUCCUCAUUGUGCUUGUUGUCGUGAUCCUACAGGCGUGUCGAUCUGGAACAACGAAGACGGCAAGACUGCCAGCGCCCACAAACGACGGUCUCAUGAUGACUGCCAACAACCCGACGUUUUCACAACCCGGACAGCAUGUCCACGACCAUCACGUGUAUGCUGAACUGAGCACAAGCGAAGAGGAAGCGGCAGCGGCGAGGAUGCAGCAGCUCCGGUUUCGAUGGAACCCCGCCGUGUACGACAUUGGCCCCGUUGAUGGUGCAGGGGCGGCCACCAAUGGCGACACGCUCGGCACACGUCUGCAAGGGAUGGCAUCCACACGGACGCAUGCCUGGGAACCACACACGUUCGAUGUGUACGGCGGCCACGGCACCACCGCAGCAGGCAACGACAGCCCUGUGCGCGACGAGGAGCCAGCCGAGAGUGCAGCCGAGAAGACAGACGGUGCCUACGACACGGUUAUUGGCGUUGGCGUUGGUGGACUUCCAGAGUCGCAAGAAGAAGACGACGACACAGCAGGAGAAGAAAGAGAAGAAAGCCGGAAGAGGGAGGAAGGUCAGCAACUGGCGCAGUUACGUCUGAAGCAGAAAGACGAUGAGUCGCCAUAUGAGGUCAUCGAAGGCUUUGCAGACGUUGACAUGAGCUCUGCGUGAAGGAUUGCUCGUGUGUGUGUGUGUGUGUGUGUGUGUGUGUGUGUGUGUGUGUGUGUGUGUGUGUGUGUGUGUGUGUGUUCGUCAACGGGACGUGCCUUUUGUGUGUUGUGUGUAUUGCGGGCUUGCCUUUCGUUUCAUCCAAGCGCAUUAAACGACAUGGUAUGGACAGCGGUGGACAGAGAAG